AUGACCUCGGACACGACCGGACCGUCCCUUGCCGCAGGCGGCGCCGACGCCUCCUCGCGCGUCCUCCACCGCUCCUUGGGCCUCGGCAUGCCGAUGGCAACCCGCGCCGAGGGCAACUACCUGUACAUGAGCGACGGCUCGCGCAUUCUCGACGCGAGCGGCGGUGCGGCAGUCGUGAGCGUCGGGCACGGCGUGCCCGAGAUCAUCGCCGCCGUCUCGACACAGGUCGGCACGCUGCCGUACGUGUCCUCGGCUGUCUUCGGGAUCGAGCCGGCCGAGGAGCUCGCGCGCAAAAUGUGCGAAGAAGCCGGCAUGGCGCGCGCCAUCUUCCUCUCUGGCGGUUCCGAGGCCGUCGAAAGUGCCCUCAAACUCUGCAGGCAGUACCACGUCGAGAACGGGGAGCCGGCGCGCGUGAACUUUAUCGCGCGCGAAAUCUCGUACCACGGCAACACGAUGGGCGCGCUCGCGCUCGGCCGCCACAACCGCCGCCGCAAGCUCUAUCUCCCGCUCAUGCCUGAGGGCGUGUUCCACGCCGUGUCGGCGUGCAACGCGUGGCGCUUCAAAGCCGAGGGCGAGAGCGACGCGGCAUACGUCCAGCGCUUGGCGGACGAGCUUGACGCGAAAAUCACAGCGCUCGGCGCACACACCGUUGCAGCGUUCUUCGCCGAGCCCGUCGUCGGCGCCGCAUCCGGAUGCGUCCCCUUCGUCCCAGGAUACCUGCGGGCUAUGAAGGCCGUGUGCGAGAAACACGGCGUGCUCUUCUGCCUCGACGAGAUCAUGUGCGGCGCGGGCCGCAGCGGCAAAAUGCAUGCGUGGAUGCACGACGACGCGCGCCCAGACGUCCAGACACUCGGGAAGGGGCUGUGUGGCGGAUACGCGCCGCUCAGUGCUGUGCUCGUAGGCGAGCGCGUGGUUGAGGUCUUGAGGAAGGGCACCGGCGCGUUUGUGAACGGAUACACUUUCCAGAGCUCCGGAACGGGGACAGCGGCCGGCCUCGCCGUGUACAACUAUAUUAAGAAGCACAACCUCAUCGAACAGUGUGCAGCCCGCGGCGAGCUCCUCGCCAAGCUCUUGAGAGAGCGCGUGGCGCCGCUCAAGCAUGUCGGCGACGUCCGCGGCAUGGGUCUUUUCUGGGGCAUCGAGUUGGUGACCGACAAGAAAACAAAGACACCGUUCAAGUACGAGGAUAACGUCAACGGCAAGUUGGCGGACGCGAUUCUGGCCCGCGGCGUGGCCGUGUACCACGGCGCCGGAUGUGCGGACGGCUGGGAGGGCGACCAUAUCAUGAUCUGCCCACCAUACACCAUCACUGAGGACGAGGUCGCGCACGUCGUCGACGUAAUCGUCGACGCGAUUAACGCAACGCUCUAA